CCUGGGUACGAACACAGCCUCACUCUCUUGCUCGACGUGUUUCUCUUUCUGGUGAAAAAAAUUAACGUUACUUGUCAGUAAAUUUCAUAGAUUUUCUCGGAUUUCAAUAUCGUAAGCUACUCAUGGCGGUAUUUGAGAUUGCUUAUUGUUCUGGGUGAUGCGUAGUCGUUGUUAAGGUCCAAUUAUGAAGAUAACUAACGUUCGUUACGGCCGCCUCGUGUUCAUGGUGUCUGCCACCAUUUUGGUCCUCUUCAUGUUCCUCUUGGCACAAUUCAGCCUUCGAGCUUCAGGUGGGAGAGGGAUCUUGGAUAGAGCUAAACAACAUUUUCACCACUGGUUUCAGAAAACUGUUUUCAAGCACAAUUGGGAAGAUAUCCACUGUCACAGAAAACACGCUAAUGAAACGACCGUCGAGAAGAGUUGGAUUCCUGAAUUGGCCAAACAACUAAAUCUAAAGGAUGAUACCUCUGUGUUUGAUAGCAAUACUGGUUGUAAUGAAUGGCUGACUCUUUUAAGAAAGGAAUACCCGAAAGUUGUAAUCGGCGGCGCACACACUGAUCAGUACGCCGUGGAUUAUGCGAAAAGGUUGUUUAACGACACUCCGAGCACUUUUGGAACCAUUAGCUCAGAUGGAAAACUAAGCUUUCUCGGCGAUAAACCAAAAUUUUCGCAUGUUAUUAACUAUGGAGGACUGCGGCAACUGGGUAAUAAGGAGAUACAGUGUAAUCUAGUCAGAGAAUUACUACGCAUACUACAUCCAGGAGGUUCAAUUUACCUUGGUCACAAUGUGGAAGAAACAGAAUGUAAGUUGAUAGAUAAAUUCUCCAAAAUUUCUCUACCUGGAUGCUACUGGUCAGAAACUUGUCUGAAAAAUAGAACUGAUGUUGCUCUAAUUUAUUACAUCAAGGAAAAAGAUCUCUUUGGUGCCCACGCACAGAUUGAUGAUUGUUACACAGCAGUAUUUAUUCACAAGAAAGUUAUUAUUUCUCGAGGGAACGAUGGACAAGAAGAGCCAGACCCGCGUCACGAGAAACACAAGAAUAUGUAUUUUUGUAAGACAGAGCAGUCUGGUAGCAUUGUCAACAAAUUGAAGGAACUGGCAAUGCGUACAGACCUUGUCUUCCCUGGUAGUCUCAGCAAGGGGAUUGAACUUGCCAAAAGAAUGCAUGAAAAAAUUAAAGGGAAUAUUUCAAACAUUGCACCGUCAUGAAUUACUUAAACAGAGUGUGUCUCAGUAUCAGAUCACCGAGAAAUCAGUUUUUUCUUUUUACACACAACUUGCCUAACUAUUUUUUCCUCUUUUAAUAUAUUUACUUGUUUAUUUCUGCUGGUGUAUUUCUAGGCUGAGCCAUGAUUUGUAGAUGGGUCGUUCAAAUUCUGCCAUAGUGAGUGCACAUGUUAAUAGGCACAAUCUUUCCCAGGACAUGUCCCUUAGAUUCUUGAGUCUUGUAUAUUUAUACACAAGCAUUGCUUUGCAGAUUAAAAAUAAUUAUCUAAACUG